UGAUGUCAUUUAUACAGUGACUGGACUAGCUGACCGUGAAGCUAUGCAGUUGUUCAGUCAACAUGCUUUCAGAAAAGAAGAUCCAGAUGAGUGUUUUAAGGAGCUCUCAUUGGAGGUAGUAAAUUAUGCAAAAGGCCUUCCUUUAGCCCUCAAAGUGUGGGGUUCUUUACUGCAUAACUUAGGCUUAACUGAAUGGAAAAGUGCUAUAGAGCACAUGAAAAUUAAUUCUAAUUCGGAAAUUGUUGAAAAGCUCAAAGUCAGUUAUGAUGGAUUGGAGCCCAUCCAACAAGAGAUGUUUCUAGAUAUAGCAUGCUUCUUGCGAGGGGAAGAAAAAAAUUACUUCAUGUAUGUUCUUGAGAGUUGUCAUUCUGGAGUUGAAUAUGGAUUGCGUGUCUUAAUUAACAAAUCUCUUGUGUCUAUCUUUGAAAAUGAGAUUCAAAUGCAUGACUUUAUACAGGAUAUGGGUAAAUAUAUAGUGAAUUUUAAAAAAGAUCCUGGAGAUCGUAGCAGGCUAUGGCUCGCCGAGGAAGUCGAAGAAGUGAUGAGCAACAAUGCAGGGACCAUGGCAGUGGAAGCAAUUUGGGUUUAUAGUAAUUCUAGCCUACACUUUAGCAAUGAGACCAUGAAAAAUAUGAAAAGGCUUAGGAUAUUAUGCAUAAAGAGUUGGGAUGAUGGUUCCAAUUUUAGCUAUCAUGGCUCCAUUGAGUAUCUACCCAACAACUUGCGUUGGUUUGCCUUGGAUGACUAUCCUUGUGAGUCAUUACCAUCUACAUUUGAUCCCAAAAUGCUUGUUCACCUUGAUCUCAAGCGUAGUUCGAUGCAUUAUUUAUGGAUGGAAACAAAGGUACAAUAGUUGAGUUCUAUUUUUCUUUUAUUUUUCUCUCUAAUUAUCUUUGUCCUUUAAUUUAAUGAUAAGGAACAAAUAUUAUUGAUAUUGUCACGUAUUAUUUGAGGUACUUUUUAUUUUUGCUAGAAUUACAAUGCAUGUCUUUAAAUGAACAAAAGUUAUUAAUUCCAUAAGCUCAAGUUAAUGUAUUUCCAUCUCAAAAAAUUAUUGUAAUUUAUAUUAUUUGGGGUUGUUCCAAGUAUUAGUGUCUUUUUUUUUCCCAAGCCUUCACAUCAUCAUUUUAACUCAUUCAGUUAUUUCUCAUAGUAAGAUUAGAUUCAUAUGAAUCUCAUCCUAGGGUUGUACACAGUGGGACGGAAGGAAUACUUAUUAGUAAAACAAAAGGAAUGUAUUGUGUAUAACUAUUUUCUUGAAUGACAUUUGGAUCUGUCUUUUUGUUUUAAUCUUGAAGAGGUUCACCAUUCCUUGGGAUGUUGCAGCAAACUCAUUCAAUUAGAUUUGAGUGGGUGUAAAAGCCUUAAGAGUUUUCCAUGUGUGAACGUGGAAUCUCUUAAAUGUCUGGAUUUAAUAUAUUGCUCUAGUUUAGAGAAAUUUCCAGAAAUCCACGGGAGAAUGAAGCCGGAGAUACUGAUUCUCAUGCAAGGCUCUGGGAUAAGGGAACUACCAUCCUCAUAUUUUCAGUACCAAACUCAUAUUACCGACCUACAUUUGAGCUUUAUGAAAACCCUUGUUGCUCUUCCAAGUAGCAUCUGUAGGUUGAAAAGUUUGGUUAGUCUAAAUGUGAGGGGUUGCCAAAAACUGGAAAACUUGUCAGAAGAGAUAGGGGAUUUAGACAACUUGGAGGAGUUUGAUGCCAGUGAUACUCUAAUUUCACGACUUCCGUCUACCAUUGUACGCUUGAACAAACUUAAAGUCUUGAAGUUAGCUGGAUGCUUCGAAUACAAUAGAGUGCACUUUGAGUUCCUUCUGGCUGAAGGAUUACGGUCAUUGGAACAUCUGGAUCUCAGUCGCUGCAACUUAACAGAUGGAGAACUUCCUGAAGAUAUUGGAUCCUUAUCCUCUUUGAAAAAGUGGGAUCUUAGUAGAAAUGACCUUGUAGCUCUUCCAAGCAGCAUCUGUAAGUUGAAAAGUUUGGUUGUUUUAGAUGUGUCAGAGUGCUCAAAACUGGAAAGCUUGCCAGAAGAGAUAGGGGAUUUAGACAACUUGGAGGAGCUUAAUGCCAGUAAUACUCUAAUUUCACGGCCUCCGUCUUCCAUCGUACGCUUGAACAAACUUAAAAUCUUGAAGUUUGGAGGCUUCAAAAAUAGAGCGCACUUUGAAUUCCCUCCUGUUGCUGAAGGAUUACGGUCAUUGGAACAUCUGGAUCUCAGUAACUGCAAUCUAAUAGAUGGAGGACUUCCGGAAGAUAUUGGAUCCUUAUCAUCUUUGAAAAAGUUGAAGCUCAGUGUAAAUAAUUUUGAGCAUUUGCCUCGAAGCAUAGCCCAACUUGUUGCUCUUCGAUCCUUAGACUUAUCAUAUUGCGAGAGGCUUACACAGCUACCAGAAUUUCCCCCUGAAUUAAAUGAAUUGCAUGUAGAUUGUCAUAUGGCUCUGAAAUUUAUCAAUGAUUUAGUAACAAAGAGAAAGAAACUACAGAGGGUGAUAUUCCCUGAUGAUGAGGAUGAUGAGGAUAAUGCACACGUUGAUACUAUAUAUAAUUUGUUUGCACAUGCCCUGUUUCAGAAAAUCUCUUCCUUGAGGCAUGACAUCUCUGCUUCAGAUUUCUUGUCCGAAAAGUGUUUACCAUUUGGCAUUACUGGGAGAAGAUCCCAAGUUGGUUCCACCAUCAGGGAACGGAUAGUAGUGCAUCAGUCAAUUUACCUGAAAAUUGGUAUAUACCUGAUAAAUUCUUGGGAUUUGCUGUAUGUUACAAUGGCAGCUUAAUUGACACCACAGCUCAAUUGAUCCCCGUAUGUGAUGAUAGGAUGUCGUGCAUGACCCAGAAACUUACUUUAUCAGAAGGUGAUACAGAAUCAUCCGAUGAUUCAGAAGGUGAUACACCAAUUCAUUUUUUGUUGGUACCUCUUGCUGUCUUAUGGGAUACAUCUAAGGCAAAUGGAAAAACACCAAAUGACUAUGGAAUUAUUAGGCUAUCUUUUUCUGGAGAAAUGAAGGAGUACGGACUUCGUUUGUUGUAUAAAGAAGAAGCUGAGGAUGAACCAACAGAACAUUCCAACCAUGACUCCGUGACCGAUGAAUCCAGUUGUUGUUGCUGUCGCAUACUGUAAUAACAUUAGAAACAAAGGUCACAUUCUAAUGAAAGUAAGUUGCAAGUUUGGAAGCCCUUUGAUCUAAAGCCGGUAGCAUUGCCUAUGAAGAGCAUAUGUUUCCUUGGUUUGUAGCAGAACAAGUAGACUCUUGGCCUGAGAAAGAGAUUCGCGAGAGAAAUUACUUGGGUAAAAACCAAUUGCAGAUGAAUGUUCGCGAAGCAAGAAAGCUGUGCCAAAAUGGAUGGAUGAAAGAAGCCUUGGAACUGUUCUUCCUUUGGGAUGUAGAGCUCAACUAGUCUUGUAUACUCUUCAUCAGAAACUGAUGUUCACCUUUUCAUUUGUAUACUCUCUAACUUUAGCAAUACACUUUUGUGUGGAGGUUCAGUUUAGUAUAGAGGGACUAAAACAGCAUCAUAAAUAUUGUGUUUUCUUUUUUCAUUAAAUGUUCCUGAAAAGGAAAAAUCUGUUUUAUUUGGAACUUCAAUCGAAGAAGUACAUAAGAGUUAUUUUUCCA